UUUCCCUAUGAGAAACUUUUUCCAGUUUCCCACUAAUUUCUUGAGCUUUCAUUACUGCAAAAGGUAUUCUUGUUUCCUUGUUCUGUAGACAAAACAAAUCCUCUCAAACAAAUUGAAAUAAUUCCUUCCAAGAUGGGAUUUGCAGUGGAAUGUUUUUCUAGUCUUGCAUGGCCUCUCAUCGCUUUGGGCUACCCUUUAUGUGCUUCUAUUCAAGCUAUCGAGACUGAUUCCACAGACACCCAGAAGCUGAUCACUUACUGGGUCUGCUUUUCUUUGAUUUUGCUCUUUGAACAUGCAUUUCUCAAGCUACUUCUAUGGCUACCAUGGUGGACUUACAUUAAGCUUGCCAUCGUUGGCUGCUUGGUCACACCUCACUUCGAUGGUUCUUUCUAUGUCUAUAAACACAUUGUUCAUCCGUGCUUUUCUAUGGACCUACACAGUGUGAUGAACCGAUUAAUCAAGCUGAAGUGGUUCUUCAAGCAAGACAUGCUUGUAAUAGAGGUGAAGAGAGAUGCAAAGGAAACUGAAACUGAAGCUUUGGACAAUCUUAUUGAUUUCAAGCCAGAGUUUGAAGAGUCUAAAGUUGCUCUAGCAGAACCUGACCCGGUUCUAGCAAUAAUCAGAACAAGUGAUCCUCAGGAUUUCAAAGAAGGGAUACCUACAGCUAAAGAUCUUCCCAAUGUGCUACCAUAUAAUAACAUCCAAAUGGAGUGGACUUGUUCUAUAUGUCAGGUAACGACCACAUGUGAGGCAAACCUUAUUUCCCAUCUUCAUGGAAGGCGUCAUAAGGAUGCUCGCGAGAAUCUCAAAGCACACGUCCGACAAAAGAAAAUCGACAUUUCCAAGGAUUCAGAUGAGUUUGGAAGACUUCCAGAUGUCAUAGAAAUGGAAAAAUGUAGAGACAAUCUUGCUAAGAAACCACAUUCUAAGAGCACCCAUGAACCAUGGACUUGUGUUCUAUGUCAAGUAACUACCACAACUAAAACAGACCUUGUGUCGCAUUUUCGAGGGAGGCGACAUAAGGAUUCUUUAGAGAAACUGGAAGCCAAAGUCCAAAUAUCAAAAAUCAAUAAUUCUCCUCCUUCAGCAGAAACAGGUCUAAAUCUUCAUGACAGGCCGUGGACUUGUGGCAUAUGUCAAGCAAAAAUCCGCAAUGUGAUGAACCUUAUUUCUCAUCUUCGAAGUAGACGACACGAAGAUGCUUGCGAGAACUAUAAAGCCUACAAGCAGACUACAAAGUCUGUGUGGUGUAGCAUCUGUAAUAUAAGCUGCAGCAGUGAAGGAAACAUGGAAGCUCACCUUAGUGGGAACAUGCAUUUGACUAGGAUUCAGCUUAACAACGUUGGUAGCAGGUUGGAGAUUUGAUUCAUGACAUUACUAGAGUAUCCAUGAUUUGUUCAGACAGAGAUUGAUCUUAGUCUUGAUUAACCAUACUUUAUGAAAAUUUCAAGUUACAUGAGUUAUCCCAG